UUUCCCGUACAUUUGAAUGAUGCGGCCAGAGCGUCUUUGAUACAGGAAGUAAAUAACUCCUUUAUUGAACCUACAGAUGAUGAUGUUUGUCGAAGUGUUCUGGGAAACUCUCCUGACUGCUGAAUGGAGGGUUUCAGGCGAGGUGCUUUGAAUAGAGACGUGGCUGUACCUGAAAUGUCGCGUUCGGGGUGUUUCUGAAGGCGGGGGGCAGGAUGAGCGCAUGCGAGGGGGCUGCGAAACCACAGCAGGUACGGCUGACAUCCUGUCUCACUGUAGCUGCUCCGUCUCACUCAAGCUCCAGGAAAAGCUGCUCACCAUCUUUCAGUCUGUUCCAGGAUCCUGCUCGAGUUCGGUCCCGAGAUGGGCAGCAAAGCUUUACCGGCCCCGAUCCCGCUGCACCCGGCCCUGCAGCUCAACUACUCGUUCCUGCAGACGCUCAACACGUUCCCCGCGGCCGUGGAUCAUCUGUACGGGCUGAGCUCGGUCCAAACCAUGCAGAUGAAUCACUGGACUCUGGGCUACCCGCCCGUUCAGGGCCUCGUGGACCCGCGCUUUCCGUUCUCGGCGGCUCUGCCGUUCGCCGCGCAUCUUUUCCACCCGAAACACGGAUCGGUGACGCGCGUCGUUCCCGCGCUGCACAAGGACAGACCCAGGUUCGACUUCGCUAACCUCGCGGUGGCGGCCACGCAGGAGGAUCCGCCUAAAGUGGGCGAGCUGUCCAAACUGAGCGCCGAGCUGGGCAAACUGUCCCCGGACCGAAAGCCCGCGCGCGGGAGGCUGCCGUCCAAAAGCAAAAAGGAAUUUAUUUGCAAGUUUUGCGGGAGACACUUCACCAAGUCCUACAAUCUACUGAUCCACGAGCGCACGCACACGGACGAGCGGCCGUACACCUGCGACAUCUGCCACAAGGCCUUCAGGAGGCAAGACCACCUGCGAGACCACAGAUAUAUUCACUCCAAGGAGAAACCGUUCAAAUGUCAGGAGUGCGGGAAGGGAUUUUGUCAGUCGCGAACUCUGGCGGUUCACAAAACGUUGCACUUGCAGGAAUCUCCUCACAAAUGCCCCACAUGCGGAAGAACCUUUAAUCAAAGAAGUAACCUGAAAACUCACCUUCUCACCCAUACAGACCUCAAGCCUUUCUCCUGCGGCCGCUGCGGGAAGGUGUUUCGGCGCAACUGUGACCUGCGACGCCACAGUUUGACACACACCCCACAGCAGGACUACUAACUAGUGAACUAACGAGCGCAUACGCAAACUCUGAUCUCGAGCCUCUGUUGCGGGCGGACUCAUGUUUGAUGGACGCCGCGGACACGCUUGCACCUAAACAGACUCUGUGAACUCAUGUAAAUAAAGUUUCUGUUGUUAUUUUUAUUAUUAGCUACCUGCAUCUGAACUCGACGUCUUUCGAAAUGUGGGAGAAUUCAUGGUGUAAAUAAAGCGGCUGAUCUCCUCCUCCUCACAGCCUCAGAUGAGCACGGGAUUAAUAAAAUAAUAUGUUUCAGUCAAAGACAACAAAAUGUGAGUGACAAGAGACGGACACAAUUAUGCUUUAAUAAAAGAGUUAUGUUU